AUGGCUCAGGGAGCUUUUACUCCACCUACAGCUUUGAUGGGUGAUGAGGGCAUUGUCACUCCUCAACCUGAAAGUUCUAAUCCGACUUCUGCCAACUCGGGUGAAACCACAGAUGCGUAUUUUCAGGGACUUGCACUGGUCAAGACUUUGGUUAAACUGAUGCCAGGCUGGUUGCAGAGUAAUCGUGUUGUUUUUGAUACAUUAGUACUUCUGUAUAAAUCACCUGCAAGAAUUGUCCGUUUGCAAAAUGAGCAGGAACUGAACCUAAUGCAAGUGAAAGAAAGCAAAUGGCUUGUCAAAUGCUUCCUGAAUUUCUUACGCCAUGAUAAGAGUGAAGUCAAUGUUCUAUUUGAUAUCCUCUCCAUAUUCUUGUUUCGUACACGCAUCGAUUUUACUUUCCUGAAGGAGUUCUAUAUUAUUGAGGUUGCUGAGGGCUAUCCACCCAACAUGAAGAAAACCCUCCUUUUGCAUUUUUUGAAUCUUUUCCAAUUAAAACAGCUUGGUCAUGAUCACUUGGUGGUGGUCAUACAAAUGCUCAUUCUCCCUAUGUUAGCUCAUGCUUUCCAGAAUGGCCAAAGUUGGGAAGUUGUGGACACCACUAUUGUUAAGACCAUUGUUGACAAGCUUCUUGAUCCUCCAGAAGAGGUCUCUGCUGAUUAUGAUGAGCCCUUGAGGAUAGAGCUUUUGCAGCUUGCCACUCUACUUCUCAAGUAUCUUCAGAGUGACCUUGUUCAUCACAGGAAGGAACUCAUUAAAUUUGGCUGGAAUCAUCUCAAACGUGAAGACAGUGCGAGUAAACAGUGGGCAUUUGUGAAUGUUUGCCACUUCUUGGAGGCAUAUCAGGCGCCCGAGAAAAUAAUACUCCAGCAAGUUGAAACUGCAGGUGUUUGUGGCGCUUCUUCGAACUUGUCAGCCGGAGAAUAA